CAGGUCAUAAUUAACUCUGUACCAUCCAUCCACUAUUUUGCUCUCUCUAUCUCUCUCUCUCUGUAUAUAUAUUUAGUUCCAUCCAUCAGUUUCCCUUCACUGCAAAAAAGCCAAAGCCUGUUACCCACACUGCCACCAAACACCACACUUUUUUCCUUCAUUUUGCCUUCCCUUUUUUCUCUUCCCUUUUUCAAGUGGCCAACCACACACACAUUGUUGCUUCGUUUUUCUCUUCUAAAGAGAAAAAUGGCUGAAAAAGAUGAUGGGGUUGGCUUGAGUUUGAGUUUGAGUUUGGGAGUGAAUCAACAACCUUUCAAGGUGAAUCACAUGCACCACCCUCAACAACAUCCUCAACACCAUCAACCACAACACCAUCAACCCCAACCUGUUCCCGUAAAUCACAACAAAACUCUCUUUGCUGAUUUGUUUCAGUUACCAGAUCGGAGCUCCGAUGUGAUACGAGGAAUCGACGUGAAGUCCACGGCGGACUGUGAGGAAGACAACGGAAUUUCGUCGCCGAACAGCGCCGUGUCAAGCGUUAGCGGCGGCAAGCGGAGCGAGAGGGACGACGAUAAUGCUGCGUUGGUUGCCGGAGAGAGGACGUCGUGCUCGCGGGGGAGCGAUGACGAUGAUGGUGGCGGCGGAGACGGCGAAGGCGGCGAAGGCGGGAGGAAGAAACUGAGGCUCACGAAAGAACAGUCCAUGGUGUUGGAAGAAACGUUCAAGGAGCAUAACACACUCAAUCCGAAACGAAAACAAGCUUUGGCAGAGGAGUUGAAUCUGAAGCCAAGACAAGUAGAAGUGUGGUUUCAGAACAGAAGGGCAAGAACCAAGUUGAAGCAAACGGAAGUGGAUUGUGAGUACUUGAAGAGAUGUUGUGAGAAUUUAACUGAAGACAAUAGAAGGUUGCAGAAGGAGGUUCAAGAGCUUAGGGCAUUGAAAUCAUCCCCACAAAUGUACAUGCACAUGAACCCUCCCACAACUCUCACAAUGUGCCCCUCUUGUGAGCGUGGUCACUCGUCUUCAUCUCCUGCCACCGCUGCCGGCCACCCGGUAGUGGUGCCGCCGACUUCUCGCAAGCUGUUUGGGGCAAACAUCCGGCGGCCGGUGGCAGUGAACACUUGGCCGUUUGAUGGCUCAAUUCCUCGGCCAUAAUUAUGGUCGGGGCAAUGUGAUAUUUACAUGGGUGUCUAGACAUUUUUAGUUACUAGACAAGUGGAAUGGAAAGAAAAAGAACCAAUUUGCUAUGGAAACACUAAUUUGUGGUUUUUUUGGACUGAGGGAUAUAUGAGUUUGGACUUGGUGUUAACUCUUGACGUUCUAUUUUGUGUAUGGCAUACGUUGUAGUGAAGUUGAAGGUUUUUGUGUAGGGUAGAUACGUUAAUGGUUUGAGUGGGGUAAGAUUUCAUAUGGCAAAUAGUAGAAGCAUUUAUUAGUUUAGACUUUAAAAAGAAGAGAAAGAGAAUCCGAAUCCGUGAAGUUCUCAUCAAAUUGAGAUGCCACUUCCUAGGGAAAAGGUGGGGUGGUGGAAAGAGGGUUAAACGUGAAGGAAU